AUGGGUCGCAUGCAUGCUCCAGGGAAGGGCCUGUCCCAGUUGGUGCUGCCUUACCGCCACAGUGUCCCCAUAUGGCUGAAGCUGACAUCUGAUGACGUGGAGGAACAGAUUUACAAACUGGCCAAGAAAAGACUGACUCCUUCCCAAAUAGUUGUGAUCUUGAGAGACUCACAUGGGGUGGCACAGGUCCAUUUUGUGACUGGUAAUAAAGUCAUGAGAAUCCUUAAGUCCAAAGGCCUUGCCCAUGACCUUCCUGAGCAUCUCUACCAUUUGAUUAAGAAAGCUGUUGCUGUCCGAAAGCAUCUUGAGAGGGACAGGAAGGAUAAGGAUGCUAAAUUCCGCCUGAUUCUGAUAGAGAGCAGAAUUUACUGGCUGGCUCGCUACUAUAAGACUGACUAAGCAGGUCCUCCCACCCAAUUGGAAAUAUGAGUCAUCCACAGCCUCUGCUC